GGCAGCAUGCGGCCGCUGGGCGCCGCUGGCUCCGGUGGACAUGCGGCUGACUGGCAAGGUGACGUGGGUGGGUCGUAGCACUAUGGAGGUGGUGCUGCAGCUCGCCACCUCCGAGCCGCCCUUCUGCCCACCUGCACUACCCGCACCCGCACCUGACGCCCUGCCACCCGACCACCCCACACCCGCCGCUCCAAACUCAGCUGCUGUUGCACACGAGGCUUCCGCUGCAGAGGCUGUCGCUGCUGCUACUGCGACUGCAAUUGCAACUGUUACCGCACCCAACAGCAACGGCGGCGAUAUGGUGGCGGCGGCGGCGCUGCCGCCGGGUCGGUUGCUAGCCACCGCGGAAUUCGUGAUGGCGCUGCGCGACUCUUCGCUGCGUCGUGCGGUUGACGUGCCGCCGCUGCAUCCGCGGGACGCCACCGAGCGGGCGCUGUUCCGCCGGGGUCGCGACAACAACCGGCUGCGGCAGGCGCGGCGGGAGCGUGAUGCCGCUGCAGCAGCCGCCGCUCACACGCAUGCAACCACCGCAGCAGCACCCCCGGCAGCAGCGCAAAACGGCGGUAGUAGCAAUGGCGAUUCCCGAAGCGAAAACAAACACGCGCACACCGCAGACACCGCCAACGAUGCUUUGGUUUCCGCUGCUGACGUCGGCGGCGGCGGCGGCUCCGACGGCAGCGACCGUACGGUGGCUGUACGGCAGACCGAGGUGCAUUGUACGGUUGUGACGGAGUACAAGGACCGUAACACCAGCGACACCAUCUUUGGCGGCCACCUGCUAAGGCUAGCGUACGACGCGGCCGUGGCGGCGGCGGCGGCCUUUGCUGGCGCGCCGUGCGAGUUGCUGUGGCUGGAGGAGGCUGUGAUCCGCGCGCCGGCGCGAGUGGGCGAUACACUCGACGCCGUGGGCCGAGUGGUGUGGGCCGAGCCGGGUGGCCGAGCGAUGCGAGUGGCGGUGCAAGUGGACCGGUACGGCUCGUCGGCGCCGUCGCAGUAUGCACUGGCGUUGACGCUGGCGGCGGCGUUCCUGGCGCCGGAGGGGUCGCUGCCGGCGGCGGCGGCGGCGGAGGUGAAUGCGCACUCGACGGCGGUUGUAGCGGGUGAGGAGGGUGAUGGCGGCAGGCGGGGCCUGCGCAGCGUGGUUGCGGGUAGUCCGGCGGAGGUGCAGGCGGCACAGGCGGCGCAGCGGCGGCAUGCCGCGG